AUGCCGAACGUGCGCUUCGCCGUCGGCAUCCAACGCCUGAUACCUUUCCUCGGCUACCACCAUGUCUUGAUGAUACUCAUCGCUAUAGCGAUAAUAUUACUCUCACUACUACUAGCAGGCUGCUCCUCCUCCUCGCCACUCAUCCCAGGCAUCUUCCUCAUAUCCUUCUACUACCAACACUACACACCAACAUACGACCCAACACAAGUCGACCCGGGCGUCACAGCAGCAAUAGCCAACAUUGUCGGCCAGGCGCAACUAGAAGUCCGCGUCGGCUACUUCGGCGUCUGUGUAAACCCAGAUGGAGGCGCUUUCCUGUGCUCCAACAACGUCACUCUGCUCGCGGAGCAAGUGAGCGUCGACCAAGAUCCACUUAAUCUACUAUGGGUAGCGGAGACGUUCAAAAACCAAGUCGUGUUCCCAUACUUGCUCAUCGUGGCAAUAGUCCUCGCCUUCGUCACCUUCCUCCUCCUCGCCACCUUCCCAGGCUGGCACGAAGAACAUGACCAACGCACCGGCUCCGACAUCGACAUCAAACCCUUCCCCUCACGACCCGUGUCCCAAGUCGCUCUCGCCAUGAUCUUCAUCUCCUCCAUCUUCGUCCUCGUCAGCGUGCUAUGGCAACACACGGCCUCGGUCGCAGCAGCACAAAUAGCGCAGGAUUUCGGAAACGGAAGUGUGAGGAGUGGUGUGGGUACUAGUGCCAUGGUUUUGGGUUGGUUCGCUUUUGGGUUGCUGGUGGUGGUGACGAUUGGGUUGUUGGUUAUGAUUUUGAGUAUUCGUUUGCUUGAUAAGUUGACCGAGGAUUGA